CUAUUAUUGUUUUGUUCUCUUCAGUAACACAAUCUUUCCAAUUUUAACAUAACAUUUUAUCAAAAAUAUUCUUAAGAUUCAAACAUUUUAUAGCUUUUGUCUUGUGGUAACAAUUAAACACUUACAAAAUAACUGGGUACACGAUUUGUAACAUACAUCGAUGUGUCAUCAUAGUUGAAUGUUUGAAACCAACCAUCGGUUUCUGUGUAAUAUUGCAGACAAUUGUUUGGUGCCAAAGAAUCUUUUAACUAAAAUACUUGAGAAUGGGUUCCGAACAAUCACAACAGGCAAACGCAGCAGAUGCUCGGGGUAGAUUAAAUAAUCAAAGUCGUUUACAACGUGGUCAUACGAUAGCAGUAAGUGGACGUCGAUUAUCGUCACCGCAUGAUGAUUCAGCAGCAAAUCAAUUUCCGUCCGAUUCGCGACCAUCGUCGCCACCAGUGAGCGUCUGCUCAGAUUCAGAUUUACCUUAUGUUUCUUACACCGAUAAGCUUGGUGACUCACCAAAGCGACAAGGCAAAGGCAGUGCAAGCAGCAACAAGAACACUCGAAAUGUGAGCUCAACAAAACGAACGAUUUUAUCAAAAUCGAAAGCUAAAUCAGUGGCUCAUGACAUAGUUGUUGUACGAGAAGCAAAUAAAAAAGCUGAAAUCGAUCCAGACAUCCAACGAUUACAGAGUAUUCCACAAUUUUUGCCGGUCAUGCGUGGAACGGUUUCAUUGCCAGCAAAUCGAGAUCCGGAAGUAUUGGAACGUUUACAUCCAGAACAUUUUCAAAAUAUGUGUAAUCGAAUGGAGGUUCAUUUGAAUGCGUCCGCCACACAAGUCGGCAACGAUCAAGCACAUAUCACCGCCAAAAUGAAAGAGGUGGACUACGAAGCAACAAAAGUGUUCAAUUCAUUUACAGAGAAACAAAAACUCUACUCAACAUAUGCGGAACAUUUCUCAAAACUGCAUCAUGUGACACAACAGCUUAGCCGCUGCAACGUUUUACUCAAUCAAAAUAUCGAAAGCAUGGAAAUACUAAACAAUAUGCUUGAUGUCAGUGAUCGCUUACCACCAUUUUUAUGGAAAACUUCCGACGAUUAAUUAUAGCGUAGUUUAAAAUCUGUCUCUAGUCAUUUUCAAGCAGAAAGUCGACAUUUUUACAAGUUUUUUUGUGUGAUAAGAAAAAUGCACCGAUUUUGUUUGUUUGACGACGCUAUUUAUUUUAUAAAAAGAGACCGAUUUGUUUGUGAUUCUAAUAUUGACGUCAAAAUUGAUUUUAAUCAUAGUAAAGUUAAUAAUUAAAAACAAAAGACGGUUGUAUGAGAUUCAUGAUUACUUUUUGAGCAUUACAAAACGACCAAUCUGUCUUCACUGUACAAAUACAUAUUUCUUAUUUUUAAAAAAUGGUUCAAAUUAAAAGAAAUUGCAAGAAUUAAUCGACACAAGAUCAAUGUUUAAAGUUUUAAGUUUACAAAUUGCGUUUAAAUAAAAAUCAAAAUGUUGUCGAUUGCUUAUAGCUACUGAGGAGAUUAUAUGCACUAUGAGUUAUUAUUGUGAAUAUUUAAUUUUUGAAAUCAAUAUUAUAGAAUAUGUAUAUCUCCUAUGAGAAUGAGUGAGAGAAAUGCGCACGAAUCGCUAUAUUAGUCUAUAGAUACCAUUAUAAUUGAUAAGGUCAAAUGUAUUGCCUAUUAAUCAUAAUCCACAAUCAUAUAAAUCAAAUGCUUAUUAAAAUCAUUCGUGAAAAUUGCUGAAGUGAA